AUGCUUCUUUUCAAACUAGCUUUACAGCUAGUUAGCUUAUGGUUAUUGUAUCCGGCGGAAAUUCAAGGAGCCGGUGUGACCAUGCAUCUGACUGUCCUUGCUAGAGUCGUACCUGAGGAUUGGCAAGCUUAUUUUCCCUGGUUAAAAGCUGGCUCUUUUUUCCCGGAUUCAUUAUACUCUUGCAAACCCAGUAAGAAGUUAAGUCAAUUUGCUGAAGCUACGCAUUGGCCUCCAUUUCUGAUCGAUUCGAUAAACUAUUGGCACGAGAAAUAUGGCCAGAAUUCCGUUACAAGAUCAUCUCAGGGCUCUCUACGGUUGCAGGCUUUUCUACUUGGUACGUUCACACAUCAGGUAGUGGAUUCCUCUUGGCACUCGCUAGUGAGAGGGUAUAGGUCUCAUGGAUUGCUCCGUGUGCUUUCUGAGACGGAGUUUGGUGGUGAAAUUGACGAUGCACAUCAGUUUAUUGAUGUUAUGGGAGAAUUCAUUGGUCUGAGUAACGUGUUGCGAGAUGGCCAAAAUAGUCAAUGGAUGUACUACACAAAUGCCAACUGGUCAUUACCUGAAAGGGAGGACAUUAUGGAGCUUCUUUAUAGGAAUGGUUUGACUGACCAUGACAUUACUUUUGCAGAGCUUGAUAUCUGUGUCAAGAGGGGUCUUUCAGGAUCAAUCAGUGAGAUCUACACAUUCUCAAAGAGAAGAAAUCAGGUACUUAGCGUUGCAUAUGGUAUCUCUCCCAGAGCACGCGACUUCAUGCAGGAGUGCUGGCUUGGUGGAGAAUUUGAUUUGAUCGCAGUUUUGGCAAAAUGCUUACCUGUAGUGGAAAAGAUGUUUGAGCAAAGCAUUGGGUCAAAAAACAUGCUAAAGCAAUUAAAAGUUUGCGGAAAUCUUCCCCCAAUAUCCAGUCUCGGCGCGAUUCCUGAUGGUUUGGUCAGAAUAAACAGAAGCUCAAACCCCGUAUUCCUGACACCUGUGGCUUCACUCUCCGCUUUUGGCUCAAGCAUAACGACGGGUAGGUUCAAAGAUGAUGGACAGACAUACGUUGCAGUAGGUGCACCGAUGGAAGAUAGCACCGGUUCCAUUUAUCUAUUGCCGUUGCACAAGAUAAAAUCUAAAGACUCACAUUCAAACGUCAUGGAGCCCUUCACUCUCAUGCGAGGUCAAAGAAUGAACAAAUUCACCUACAAUGGUGUAGAUUACUUAGUGGUGUCCGAACCUGGCUCUAACACUUUUUAUUUUUACCAUAAUGAUUUCUUAUUGUUAGAAAUAAGGGAUGGAUCAACGGCUGAUGCUUUGCAACUUCAGGUAUCCUCCAUUCAGGAUGUAGAUGGUGACGGUAUCCCUGAUAUAUUACUCUCUGGGGAAAGUUAUGGCAUUAACGAAACAGGUUCUGUUACCAUAAUUUUUGGAGCAAAUAUAGCUGAAUAUUUAGAGAACUAUCAUGAAACUGCUCGUAUCGAUUUAUCUUCCCUAAGCACCAUAAGGUGGCAAGGUGGCCCAUUAUCGUUGCCUUACCAGCACUUUGGCGCUAGCGUAACAUCUUCGCAUAAUUAUACUGAGAAAGGGUUUCUAUAUGUGACAUGUCAAAAUGUGGGAGCUGUCUUUGUUUACUCUUUGUGUGGAUUGCAAAACAAUAUUUUGCCAAAAUACGUUGUAAUGGAAAAGAAUAUUAUGUUACCAGACGAAGAGACAUUAUCAAAGCUUGAGAAAGUCACUUCAAAAACUCAUGGUAUGUAUGGCAAAACUCUUUACACUUUCACCUACGAAAACGAAAACUACGUUGCUAUUUCUCAGCAUUUGUUCAAUCAGGUAUUUUUGUACAAAGAAAGUGAUGGUUUCCUGGUGUACUAUUUGUCUUUAAAUCUUGUGGCUGACAUAGAACCUAUUCCAUUUACAGUUGGGUUCGGAGCAGCUAUUGAAUAUGACCCUCAAAAAAAGCUUUUGUAUGUCUCAUCACCGGGAAGCUAUAGUGGAAAAGGGGCCAUUUGGAAAAUAUCAAUGGUAGAAAUGAGAGAAACUGUCAGUCUGUGGAAAUCGGAUAAAAUUUUGGUGAACACUUUAAAGCAUCUGCAUAUGGUCAACCCUUUAAAUGAGGAUAAAGGAGUGAUUAAUUUUGGAAAAAGCUUAGCGGUACAUCAAGGAAACCUGUUAGUAGGUGCUCCUCAGUAUAAGUAUGGGAAUUUAAAUGGCGCUCAGCUAACAGGUGCUGUUCUCCUGUAA